CAGUUUUGAUUUGAGCGUGGCUGCGGAAAGAACAUCUUACCGGAUCGACAGUUUAUAUAUAUGUUAAAUAAAAGCCUCGAGAAUUCGCGCAAAGUGCUUACGAAUAGAAUUUAUCUAAAACGAUAUAUAUGUAUUUUAUUUGAAGACCAGUGUAUACAUUUGUAUGUACAUAUGUAUGAAUGAAUAAGGUCAUACCUAGGAAUGCUGAUGCCAAAAAAAAUAUAUUUAAGCUGCGGACACCGCGUGCCCUGCUUAAUAAAUAAACAUUAAAAACUCAAAUGCCUGAGGGCAGAAAACAUCGAUAAAUAAGUACAUACAUACUUUUGUACAUAUGUAUGUAUGUAUGUAACAUGUAGAUAUAAUGACGCGAAAGCAAUUAAAAAUUUGUGCUGCAGUUGGAGCAGCGGCAACGCGACCGCAUAAUACUCGUCAAACAAGCUGUGAACGUGCAAAUAAAAUAUUCGCCGGCGUUUCAUUGACAUCUAUAAUGAAUUCAUUUUACUGGCAGUUGAUGCUGGUGUUGGUGGUUAGCUGUGAUAUGUGCAAAUCAAAUGAAUAUCCAGUGACAAGCAGCAAAGCUGUAACUGCAACUGCAACUGCAACUGACAGCGGUGAAAUUGGCGGCGAAAUCACAAUUGAUACCACAAAUCUACUCGACCCAUAUACAGGCGGGAAGGAGGAGGACUCCAUAGGGGAAUAUCUCAAGAGUGAAAAGGAAAAAUUGUUGGGCAGCAACCUUAUCAGAAAUGCCACAAUCGAAAACGUAACAGAAGAAUGCCGCACGCACUGCAACCUACAAGCACCUGAGUUCUUAAAUGAAUACGGACUACAGUGUGGAAAGAAAGGCGAAAAUCGCAUGUGCUUCAAGUCGAGGUGCAUAAAAGGUUGCGAACAAUGGAGAGUAGCACUUGCAAACUCAGAUACUUGCCAGGAAACAUGUAUUUCAACGCAAUUACAUUGGCUUGACCUACCGUGCAUAUAUGCUUGCGAAAUGGGUCAAAGGCAUUAUUGGGACCGUCAAAAACGAAUUGCAGAGUCUGCAAUACAACUCGAAAGACCCUUUAUAAUAGUAUCCAAUAACACCGAUACGUUGAAGUUACUAUGGAAUAUUGUAUUACCUGAAUAUUUAUUCGCAAAUUAUCAAUUUAGUAUUCACAUACAAUACCAAUAUGUUAUGGAGAAUGUAACCGAGGAGCUACAACCAUGGAGAAAUUUGGCCAAUUAUGAUUGUAGCCAGAAUUUUGUCUGCGAAUUGUUCGAUGAGUUGGUUCCCUUCGCCGUUUAUAAGUUUCGAUUCAAAUUGGAUUUAGGUGAAUUCGCAAAUCAAGCUUUACAUUCGCCCCCAACGGAAGCGUUUAGAACUGUAGCUGGAGGUGUUCCGCUUUCCACGCCGGUAAUCAAAGAAGUUUUUGCCUUGGAUCAUUCUCACAUAAGCAUAGCUUGGCAGCCAGGAGUGUUUAGUUGCGGCCCAAUAACGGGAUAUGUUUUAUUUUUGGAAAACGCUAACUCAACGCUCAAGCAGACUUUGCCGCCCGAUAGACGAAGCUUUGUUUUUGCAAAAUUGUUGCCUUCAACGAAUUAUACAAUAAAACUAGCCAUGUUGAAUGCCGAGGGUGAAGGUCGUUCUGCCGAAGCGUUUGUCCAAACCAAGUAUGCCCCUUUGUAUGGGAAUUCGGACAAUGUAGAUCUGGUGAUUGUCACAGGGGAAUACAGUGUUAAAAUCAAAAGUUUUGAAUCUCUAACCGAUACAGAAGUAAUUUUCGAAAGUGACAAGCUAAUAAACGAUUAUACUCUAUAUUCAUUCUUAGGAGAACAAAUAUAUUUCAUUGUAGAUGCUUCAGGAGUUAUUGUGAGAUUUUCAAUAAAUGGCGAUACACAAAAGUUUGUGAUUUCUAGUUUAGACAAAUUUCCUGAAUUCAAACCAAAGAAAAUUAGCGUCGAUUGGUUAAACAAGCGGCUUUUUAUUGCAGCUCAGAAGCUUACGGAGCAGUGGGCAGUGAUUGCCACAGACUUCAGUGGACACUCGCAGAGUAUGAUAGUCAGCAAUUUAACUGAACCUAUCGAGCAAUUGGAUGUGGAUCCCAUAAAUGGUUGGCUAUUUUGGCUAACAAGUGGCAGUCUUAUGCGAACCAAUCUCUACAAUAACUACUCAGAACCCAUAAUCAAGAGAGACGUAGGUCAUUUCUCAAACACUUAUCAAAGCAGCUUAAUAACAUUUUAUAAUACAAGUGAUCACACCUUGUUCGAAAGCACUUAUGAUGGGCUACACAUCCAAAGCCUUCAAUUAAAAUUAUCCAUUAGUUUAGAACGCAUAGUGAGCUUCUGGUACAAUGGAAUUCAUAUAUUGGCUACAAAUGGUACACAUCUGCUGCGGGGAAACUACAAUACAAAUGAAUUUGACGUCCGCACUGUCAGAGAGUUGGAAUGGUGUUGGGGUAUUUUGCCAGUGAUACAAAAGGGACAAAAGAUAUUUAUACAAACACAGCCAUUGCAAAAAGGAAUCCCAGAAAACUUGAAUGCUUUGGUUACAUCUAAUAUGGCCAAAAUAAGUUGGGAUGCGCCGCAGCUGAAUGUAUAUCAGACAGAAUACGCUUGGCAAAAGUGGGAUUAUGAGCUUGAGAUAAUGGAUGUGGCUAGUAACAGCGCCUUUAAUAUACGCAACAUAAAGACAACAUAUUUCAAUGUGGAGAAACUACAAUCAAAUAAUUUGUACAAGUUUCGUGUUCGUGUCAUUUUUGGUAGUACACUUGGUGCAUGGUCUAAAGCGUUGUUAACGCGUACGUGGCCCUUAGGGGAGUAUACAUUUCUGUUGGCAAGCAUGAAUGGCAUAUACGAAAUGAAUGAGACCGGUACGCAUGUAGAGCAGGUCGGUCAAAUGGAAAACGUGCAAGAUUUUAUGCAGUUGAAUGCCACAAUAUACUACAUUUCUAAGGACAAUCGCUUGCAAUGUGUGAACAUCAUGAAUCCGGAGAUAAAUUGCUCAUUUAUAGCCACAAAUGCAAUGAGCUUGGCAUAUGAGUGGCGUGGUGGCAAGAUGUAUUGGGUAGAUACGUUGGGAAAUUCUGUGAUGAGAGCGAACUUAGAUGGCAGCCAACGUGAAUUGCUACCAGUAUUCGGUGCGGAAAGCAUUGCAGUUGAUGCAUACAAUGGGCAUAUCUACUACUCGACCGGGGUGAAGUUGAUGAGACGCUCUCUAGGCGACACACUGGACGCGGACGAAUAUGAAUAUUAUCAUGUCAGCACUUACGACGAUGUCAUACGCGGUUUUGCUUUGGAUGUGGUAGGAAAACGCCUCUUUUGGGUUGUUCGAAAAGGUGACGGUGAGGUUAACUUAUUCCGAACCAGCAGUGACAUGACUAGUGAGGAUUUACAGUACAAUAUCUUAGGAAAUGAUAUAAGAUUGGGCUCUUUAAAAUUUUUACACGAAAUUGAUAGUCUGAUGUGGUUGCCUUUGAAUUCCAGCACAAUUACUUUCGCACGAACAAGCAAUCCAACAAACGAAGUGCUGAUUCACCUUUCACAAUUUACUAAUAUCAACUGUAUUAAUCUUAGAUCGGAAUAUAUGCCCGCUAACGACCUGUCCGUUAUACCUGAGGCCCUCGAUGGCCAAAGUGUUCACAUCAGUCAAGCCUUCGCAGAUGAAUGGAUAGUUAAGUGGCAACCAAUAAGUUCCUCGGAAAAUUAUACAAUAUUUUAUAGUAUUAUUUUCCAAUUUGCCGACGCUACUAAUCAAACGGAAGCAAUACGUGCAUAUAAGACCAACGAUUCGUUCAUAAGGAUAGCUGAAGAACUUCCUUUGCAACCAAGUUUUCAUAUAACUAUAACGGCAUCCACAUAUUGGAGCAUAGGUCCAACCACGCGUGUACAACUGCUCACACCCACUACCAGUGUAGCCCCUCCGAGACGGAUGAGAGUUUUUGUUCAACAAUUUAAGGACCCGCUUGAAGCCAGCACCAACAUAAGCGCAAUUGUUCGAUGGGACUCUCCAGAAUCUAAAAGUCCUUAUACUGAAAUAAAUUAUAAAAUAUUCUGCUGGCAUGGCGAUAAGCUACACGCCGAAAAAUUAUACAACACAACUGACAAGGAAUCAUUUGAGACGACAAUAGAUGGGUUACAUAUGGGAGAAUCGUACGUCUUUCAAGUACAAUCCUUUAUACCAGGAGCAACAAAAGGAGGCCAACGCAGCUCCUUUCAAAUACUCAUUAAUCCAGAACUCCAAUCCAAGCCGGGAUUUCUAUUCUCGACGAGUGAAUUUAUUGCAGAAUACGAUCUAGAUUUGAAUACUUAUAACAUACUGACAUACAUAACUAGUCAAGUGGAACAUUUGGCGGUGAUACCUAGUGAAAGACUUGUUUUGUGGGUUAAUGAGAAUGUCGAGCUAUUAUCUCUCACAGCUGAUCUAAAACCAAUUAAAUUGGCAAGAAUGCGAGCCGAAGUGCUUUCUAUGACCGUCAACUGGGUUCAGCGUAGGGUUUACUGGGCCGAAUUGGAAACAGAGGAUAAAUAUACGAUCUCGAUAUAUGAACUUGAUUUGUGCCAGUUUGAAGGAAAAGUAAUGACACCAAAUAAGAUAUUUACUCUCGAGCAGGCAAAGACGGUAAAGGAUCUCACGAUUUUACCUUUUUCAAAUAUACUUUUGUGGCUGCAGUUUGACUCAAAGACGAAUAUCUCCUCACUUAUGGGAUGUGUGCUGGAAAAUUCUACUUUCAUAACGAUCGAAAAUAUUAGAACCCAAAAAAUGUUUGCAGCAACUUUGUUGCCAGAAUUGGAGACGGUAAGCCUUAUAGAUGAAGAUGGCAGUAUUUGCACGUAUGAUAUAGGAAUGCAUCUAUGCACGUCGAAGGAAAAACUAGUUUUGGACAACCCAACAGCAAUGGUGAAAAUCGACCGAGACAGUAGUUACAUAUAUGUGCUCAAAAACGAAAGCAUAUACGCAUAUAGUUUACAAAAGCAAAAUAUUGAAUAUCAAACAAAUAUUGCGGACAUUAAAAUUAUCAAGGCAUAUAACUAUCAACACUAUCCAGUUAAGAAAUGUCUUCUGCCGGAUCAUGAUAGUUUAUUGCAAAAUAGAAAAUUACUCAACCCCCAGAUUAUUGAUGUGGGUGAAAAUUAUAUGGCUUCUAUGCUCCCACAAGUACACCUAAUAGAGAACUGUAGCUCAAAGAUUCCAGGCCUAAAAUAUACGCUGUGGAUUACAGAUAAUGGCAAAUCGUCGCGCAGUCAUUCAACAUUCGAAAGCAGUUUGAAUGUAACAGACCUUAUGCCAUUUACCAACUAUACGAUUCAAUUGGCCAUAUCGUCGUAUUAUCAACGAAAACUCAAAUUAGAUGAAUGCUUCUCUGAGAUCAUAACAGUACGUACCGGCGUUGGCACUCCUUCUGUGCCUCGUAAUUUCACUGCUCAUGCUAUAAACCCAUCGCAAAUUUACGUCGUGUGGAAUGCGCCUGCGAAACCUAACUGCGAGAAAGUGUGGUACCAAUUACACUGGCAAGAUGCAGACUCCGAUUCAGGUGCUCGCAAGCGAAUAAAUAGCAUGAAUUUUCUAAUAACGAAUUUGGAACCUUCAAAAGAGUAUAAAUUGUGGCUGGAAGUUUUCUCCGCAGAAAACAAAUAUAACACAACCUCGCCCGUCACAGUAAAGACAUUUGAAACUCCUUCCCGUUUAAUGCUUGUGAAGAAGGCGGCCUAUAAUUUGACUUUGAGUUGGGUUACUUCGCCUAACGUAACUAGAACAGUUUUGAUUUGUCAAGAAGUUAACGGAGAAAAUGAGUUCAGUAUCGAUAUUACGGAAAACUCUUCAGUAAUAGUUGUGUCAGAUUUGGAGCCUAAAACUAAAUACGAAUUUGUUCUCGAAAUAUUUUACGAAACUCUAGUAGACCCCUACAUAUGGCCAGAGGUGCCUAACGAAUACUUUGUAUAUGAAACACUGGGUGACUCGCCAGGACGUCCCGGUCAGCCACAAAUUGAACACACCAUAGGCGAUGUUUUUCGAAUAUUUUGGCAAGCUGCUCCAAGUAAUGGCGAGCCAAUAACUGAGUACUCUUUGGAAGCACUGCAAGCCCGUAGCACCAAACGCAUAAGGCGAAGUAAAUUGGCUUACGAAGACUACAUGAACGAUUCCAUAACAAGCCACAGCCAGAGUCUUUGGGCGGAAGAGCCAAGCCCGAUUGAAGAUAAGUGGAUAGUUACAUGUAACACUACCGAUCUAAGCUGCAUCAUUCGGGAAAUAUACAUACUAAGACUGUUAAUGUUUCGUGUGCGCGCACGAAAUGCCUUAUAUGGUUGGGGACCAUACAGUUUGGAUAGCGAACGCAUUUCAGAACCUUUUGUAUCGCCGGAGAAAAGAGACUCAUUAGUUUUGGCAAUCAUAACUCCGGCAGCGAUUGUCUCCACAUUUGUGCUUAUUUUAAUUAUAUUACGAACACUGCACGUUAGACGCCAAAAUGCUAAAAAGUUGCUUGAGAAGAGCCGGCCAAGUAUUUGGAGCAACAUAUCAACACUACAGCACCAGCAGCUUAUGGCAUCGCGCAAUAGAGCAUUUUCCACCGCAAGCCAUUCUACAUUAUAUACUGGCGGUCCCUUAAGUGAUGCCGAUAUCGCCCUUUUGCCCCACAUACACUGGAGUCAAAUAACAAUAUUAAAUUUCUUAGGAAGUGGCGCUUUCGGCGAAGUGUAUGAGGGACUAAUAAAAUAUCAGAAUUGCGAUCAAGAGGAAAAAGUUGCGAUUAAGAGCCUCCGAAAGGGUGCCAGUGAAUUUGCUGAGCUCCUGCAGGAAGCCCAACUUAUGAGCAACUUCAAACAUGAAAAUAUUGUCCGACUUAUCGGUAUCUGCUCCGACACUGAGUCGAUCUCUAUAAUCAUGGAGCACAUGGAAGGGGGAGAUUUAUUGAGCUAUCUUCGAGACGCACGGCCGAAUUCGAAGAGACAUAUCGCUUCGCUAAAUUUGUUGGACCUAACUUCCAUGUGCAUUGAUGUUUGUAACGGAUGCAGUUAUCUAGAAGAUAUGCAUUUCGUACACCGGGAUCUCGCUUGCCGCAAUUGCUUAGUUUCAUCCAAUGAUCCAAGCAAACGUAUUGUGAAAAUUGGAGACUUCGGCUUAGCCCGCGAUAUAUAUAAGAGUGAUUACUAUCGCAAAGAAGGCGAAGGUCUCCUGCCCGUAAGAUGGAUGGCGCCAGAAAGCCUUAUUGACGGUGUCUUCACAACCCAAUCGGAUGUGUGGGCUUUUGCUGUACUCUGUUGGGAGAUACUGUCGUUUGGUCAGCAGCCGUAUGCCGCUAGAAACAACUACGAAGUACUAAAUUAUGUAAAGGACGCUGGAAGACUAGAAAAGCCCGAAAACUGUCCCGAUGAAAUGUUUUCAUUAUUGCUGCAUUGUUGGAGUGCUCAACCAGAUGAACGUCCAUCUUUUAAAAAAUGUCUCCUCCAACUAAUUGGAGUUAAAACAGAAUUAAGGCGCAUCAAUUUAGGCUUCAGCAAUGACAACACUGAUAGCGUUCUAUACGCCAAUCAACCUGAAACCUAUUUAAGCACAUUUAAAAUGAACUCUAUUCCAAAGCUGAAAGAGCAAGAUGUCUGCAAUGAAUUGGAAGACUACGGAAAAGCCUCGCAGGAUGGUACAAAUAUAUCGGCACAAAUGGAAACGUUUUACCAGGAUGUCGACAUAGAGACCAUUUCCGAUGAUUCUCAACUAAUAGAUACAGAAAUGGAAAAAAAUAAUAUUCACAUGAGCUCAAAUGUUAACGAAGGCAUUUCAAGAUUAUGAAUACCCGUCCAUGACAAUUGUAUGUAUGUACAUAUACGAUUAGACAUAAAUGUUUUACGAUCAAUAAAAAAUUAACCUCGAGAGGCAGUUUAAUGUACAUACAUAUAUAUUUAUGUACAUACAUAUAUUUUCAUAGUUGUUAUUGUUUAAAUAUCUAAUUUUGUAUUGUCCUUUGAACUAAGGAAAUUAUUCGCAGAACUGUAUUUCAACUUAACUUUGCCAAAAAAUGUACGUGAUUCAAUAUGCAGCAUAACUUUUAAAUUGCUGUUACGUAUUUACAAGUUUCCUUCAACAUUUAAUGCAAUACUCAACAAAUAAACAAAGACAAAGUUUACCUCAAUCUAAUUUACAUAAUGGUUCUAAAAUGAAGCCAGUUAAACACGAGAACAGACCACAAUGUUUCUGAGCGCUAACAAACAAUUGCAUAUUCUGUCUCAAUUCCCUCUUUAUUGCAAGAAUUUAUUACACAACGGGGAAUUCCUCCACAUGACAUCAUCAAACAAAUGUACAAACCUACGUGUUAAGGCACUUCAACUUUAAAUCCACAUUUGCCCCGUACUUUAUUCAUCAAGCUUUAGAACGGGGUUCUAUUUUGCCCUAUUAUUCUUUCAUCCUGCGAGCGAGCAAUGAAAAGUAGAAAUAAUAAAGUGCUUUAAACAAAACCCCCCGAGGAUUACCUCCAACCCACUUAGCCAGCUGUGCGUAUACGAAAGUCUGUAAUAAUGCAAAUGUAUAUAUAUAUAUAUGUAUGUGUGUGUUUAUGUAUCCCGAAAAUUCUCCGGUGUUUGUGUGUAUCACGAAACAAUUGUAUGCGAAGGAAUGACUGACAACGGACUGUCAAUUGACAGCAAUAAGCAGAUUAUUUUAAAUGUCUAACACCAUGUUCAACGCCACAGUAAUAAAACGGACGGAAAAUACGAACGAAGAGCUGACGGAAAGAACCAGUGAAGAGAUUUGCAUAGGCUUAACUUGGGCGCAGACCCGCCCCAACAUUUAUCUCAUUCACGUUGUUUAGUGGCCAAUUCAGUUACUGGCUUAGUUCGUG